GGAACCAUGACAGAAGAUGACGGAUACAGUUGUCGCGGAGGGACAAGUCAAGUUUAGAGAUGGGAAAAAGUGGAAGACGCGCUGGGUCGUACUGCGGAAACCUUCUCCAGUCGCAGAUUGCCUGUCUCUGCUGGUGUACAAGGAGAAGAAGAAAGUGAAGGAGAAAGGCGGCAGCCACAAGGAGAGGCUGAAUGUGACGCUGGAGGGAAUCUGUGGCGUGGAGCCGGGCCCCGGGUUCGAUGGAGUCUCCUACACCCUGUCCAUCCUCUGCCUGGUGCACACGCUGGUCCUGGGCUUUAGCAGCCGGGACGCCCUGCUGGCCUGGGACGCCCGCGUCCGCUACAGCCUGGGAGAAGUCCACAGGUUCGGCGUCACCGUGGAGCCCGGCACGACGCUGCAGAACGGCUCCGCCUCCCUCCACCUGUGCAACAACCUGCUGGCGCUCAGCCGCGGCGUGCCGCCGUUCGUCAUCGGCCACUGGAAGCUGUCGGCGUUGAGGCGGUACGGCGCCGUCCCCAACGGCUUCGUGUUCGAGGGCGGAAGUCGCUGCGGAUACUGGGCUGGAGUUUUCUUCCUGUCCUGUUCAGAGGGAGAGCAGAUCAGUUUCCUGUUCGACUGCAUCGUUCGGGGCAUCACGCCCAGCAGGGCGCCACAUGGCCUGCGGCCGAACCUGCCAGCAGAUCCCAGCGCCGACAGCUGUUCGGCAGAGGAGCGAAUCAGCCAGGAGACGUCGGAGCUGGAGAAAAGACUCAGCAUGUUGUCUCACUGCAGCCUGGCCAGCAGCACAGCCUCCACAUACAGCUGCAGCACAUCUGUUGCCGCGGACGACCGCAGCAGCAUCUCCAGCUCCUCCUCCAGCCAGUCGGACACCAGCUACGGCAGCCGGCCGUUUUGGAUGGAGCCGCUGUCCAGACCGCCGCCGGCCGGCGAGACGGCGUCCAGCUCGUCCUCGCUGAAGACCCUGACCGGCUCGGACGACCGGCUGUUCGCCGCGGUGAUGGGCGGCUCCGCCGGGCGCCCGGCCUCCGCCCAGCCCCGCCCCCGCGGCCUCCAUGACAGCGGGAGGCAGAGCUCGCUGGACAGCGGCAUCGGGAUCGGUCAGUCCUCGUGCUCCGGGAGCUACUCGUCCUGCACGGGGAGUCUGGACGCGUCCAGCCAGGGGGGAGGGGAGGAGUUUGGCUCUGUGGCCAGCCUCCCCGCUGUGCCCUCAGGGCCUCCUCCCCCUCCUCCUCCUCCUCAGCCCACACCCGGUCCAGAGAGCAUCUCUGCUCGUGUCUCCUCCUCCUGCUCCUCCUGCUCCUCCUGCUCCUCCAGAUCCGUCUCCCAGGCUGCCCGGAGGCACAGUGAUGAGUACCGCAUCCCCAGCCUGCUGCGGCUGUGGUACGACACCCCCAGGAGUCUGCUGCACGCCGCGUCGCCACCGCCGCCGCCAUCGCCAUCGCCAUCGCCAUCGCCAUCACCAUCGCCAGCCCAGAGAGAGACACCCGAGGCGGGUGGCGGUCUGAAGCGUCUGGCCACGAUGCAGCGCUCGCUCUCCUGGGGCAGCGAGAGGGCGCCCUCUGUUGACAGCGACGGGAGCUCCACGCCCACGGCCCUGCUGCUCCCCGCACACACUCAGUUUAAAGUCCUGGUGCUGAUCUUCUGA